UUUACGAUCUACAGAAGAAUAAACCAGACUCUCAGAUCCGAACAACCAAAAGCGGUAAUAAAGCUUAUCUAUCAUGCCGCUCUGCCAGCACAGUCCUGCGAACCGUCCCUGGCAUCCGGUGUCGGAUUUGAAUCACCGGAUCCUGCACUAUGACCGCGUGAAAGCUUUGAAUAGAGGCCAGCUCUCGCCGCAGAGCCGCGGGCUGGUCAGACCAGCCGCGGAUGCAGAAUUUCGCGGGGAUCCGAUCGCGGUUGCGGAGACGCCACGAAGUCCAGCCGAAAGACUCUUGAUGCAUCAAGUGGUGAACUCGCACAUUCACAGGAACAACAGUCCAGCACGGUCGCCGGCUUCGCCUGCGUCGAGACCGAGAGCAAAUAGAAAUAAGAGCGAUUCCGGAGCAGCUGCGCCAGUAUCUCCUGCGCACGCCAGGCCGAUCACCUCCCACAAGCAGCACCGGGGCCGAAGCCCGGGAGGACGGGGCGCGGCAGUGCAGGAUGAGGAUUUACAGUUUGGAUUCAAAAACGAGGAUGAACAGCAGGAUCCGCAGCUAAACCUCGGCCCAUUCAUGACACCGCGCACACCGCCAUCGGUUAGUCCUGCACAUGGUCACAAGAGAACAACUGCUCAUGGCACUAGACAAAACCACGAAGGAGAGAUGAAUUCCGUGGUCCACCUCCAGAGUCCGAUAACGGUGAAAACCCGGCCGAACCGCCCGCAGUUCCGCAGCUACGACACCAAAAUCGCCGGCGUGGAAGACUACGCAGACGGGCGGGACGGGAGAAACGUCGACGCUUUGGACCGGUUCAUGCAGGAUAAACACAAUAGAGAUCAUCAUCUUCAUUCUGACCGUGACCACUACAAGAACCAGUUCUACACCCCCGGAGCAGGUAAAGGGCAGUCGCCAACAGUCGUACAUCGGGCGGGAGGAGCUUGUUCGUCCCCGACUUACGGGUCCCACGGGAACGGCUACGGACCAUCCUCCGGCAGUAGCCCCAGAAGUAACAGAUAUAUAAAAUCCGACAACAACUACCCUACCUCCUGGAACCCGUCUGCCAAGGUGCUCCACUACGGGGACUACAGAAACGACCUCCACAACGGCCUGCACAAGUUCGAGAAAAAGAUCCCGAACGGAAACAAACUCCUCGGGCCGGUCCGCAUGAUGGACGGGGAAGAGCGGAAACUAGCCUUGCAGUCCGUCUCGGGGCUGUACUCGCACAUGAUCGAAUCCGGAUAUCAACAGGAAAAAUCCCCCCUCCCCAUAUCAAAACGAAAUUUCUGAUGCUGGAUUUGCGUACACAAAUCCGAUUUGUCUUGCAGUAAGGCAGCGCAGCCAGAUCUUCGGCCUAGGUAGGGGCGUUUGGGUCUAGUUGCUUAGCAUUGCAAACGGCUGUCCCCUAGGCGCAACAGCAUGCCAAAGCGCUUCCACAAUGGCGCGGAAGCCUCUACACUUGCCUUCUUGCAAGACAGACGCGAUUUGUGGUCUCAAAUCAGCAACACAAAUUUUCGGAAACAUACCUUUUCAAUAUGGGGAGGGGGGAUUUUUCCUUACAAUACCGGAAAGAGGUCGUUCAUGUCCCGGGACGAGUGCGCCAAGGCGAUGGAGGCACUGAGUGCGAUACCAAGUGGAAAAACACAGGAAAGGGGAAAAAUUCAAAAUUUUUGUAUGUUGCAAAGGCAGCCCCCUUCAGAAAUCUAGUGGCACAGGGAUGGCCGGGCCCACCGGUCCGAUGGCCCGGCGCGAUCUCCUAUCGGCGGCGCUUCUGCCUGUUGAGUUCCAGCAAAGCGCAGCCAUCCACUCUCCGCGAGAUCGGCACAUCGUCGCCAAUAUUUUUGCGCCCCAAUUUUUGCUCGCCGCGUUCGUGCCGGAAGUGGGGCGCCCACUUUUCUGCCGAACACGAACCCGCCCGAGGCAACGCCGGCAAAAUGGCUGAAAGGCCCCAAAGACCUGGCCGUCACGUUUAUUUUUCUUUUCCGAAUUGGCGCGAAGGGCCCGGGGGUUGGCGGGCCUUAUUUGAGCCGGACCGGGCCAGAUUUUUGGCCACCCCAAGCGGUAGCGCCCGGGCCAGAUUCUGCUCGUGUUGGGCAUUGCCUGGGGCUUCGGGAAAUGGCGCCGGCCCCCUGACCCGGAGCCCGGCGCCGCCUGGGGCCCGGCAGUGAUGUUAAAACGAAGCGCGGGCGUUUUCAAAUUGUAGACAGGCCCGGGGGCAGGCCUUCUGCGUAUUGUGUCUUUUGAUACGCCGCAAGCGGUUUUGUGGCGUUUGCGAUUUCGCCGCAAAUCACCAAAGCCAUGCGCAUGCGUUUGGUUCUCACCUCUUUCAAAAAUGAGGCAUGGCAAAAUUUUGAAUUUUUCCCCUUUCCUGUGUUUUUCCCCUUGGUAUGCGAAGCGAAUCUACGUCGUGGAGGAUGAUAGCGAUGUGUUAGGGGGUGUAGACGGUGGAGGAGAAAGCAACUUUUCUCCGAACAAAUCACCUGUUUUAUCCUCGCCGACCGGUAGUUAUGGAGCUGGUAAGAUGGAAGAGUACGGGGUGGAACCGAGGAGACCGUUUUUUCAUGUCGUGUAGAACUUUAGAUUUUUUCCGCAGGUGAUGUUUCAUAUUUACCCGCGCAAUGAAUAUUCUACUUCAAAGUCUGAAUACAUUUUUGCACGACCACAAAAACAAAAACCACAUAGUGAGGAAACGAAGUAGUAGCUGUAAGCUUCUACAAACGAGGUUUCCAACACGUGCCUUAAAUUUCAUUCUUUUCAUUCAUUUCCAUUUACUGUAGGUGUAGUCUCAGUCUCUUUCAAUUCCAUUUCGCAUAAGUUAAAAAUCCGCAUUUCUUAUUACUCUCCCCACUGAGUACCACUACCACUUGACGCCUGCACGUUACCCACGUUGUAGCGCGUUCGAGAGGAACACGAUGGAAGCUACCCCUUCUGCUCUGUUGUUACUUGUUUUCUUUGAUUAUAGUUUUGCAAGCAAUCCACACCAUCAAAGAGGAGUCGUGCGCAGUCAAGAUUUCUCACAACCUGAGACAUGUUGCCAUGAAGACAGUCCCACACCCAAACUUGAUACAUAGGUCACCAGGAGCAUCACAACACAUGAGUUGCAGUGGCAAACACACGAGAAGAAAGAUGUCACGAACGCGCUCAGCUUCUACAAGGAGCAUUGCUUCUACAGCUUCUACAAAGAGGUCGUUCAUGUCCCGGGACGAGUGCGCCAAGGCGAUGGAGGCACUGAGUGCGAAGCGAAUCUACGUCGUGGAGGAUGAUAGCGAUGUGUUAAUAGGGGGCGUAGGCGGUGGAGGAGAAAGCAACUUUUCUCCGAACAACAAAUCAUCGCUGUCAUCGCCAGUGAAUUAUGGAGCUGGGAGUAUGGAGGAGUACUCGCGGGAGGUGGAACCGAGGAGACCGUUUUUUCAUGUCGUGAUUUCAAUUAUACUGAACACGCUGGAAAGAGCGGAAGAUUCUUUGACUUCAACCGCAUAGGAAAAGGAAUUUGUAAGUACUUAAGUACAUGAAAUAACAACACCACAUAGUGAGGAAGCGGAGUAGUUAUAGUUGGACAUUACUUCUAGUUCUACGAAGGAGGCUUCCUUUUUUAUUGUCAUUCACUGUUUUAUUGCUAAUGCUAUCCCUUUGCCUUUCGCAUUGCCUUCAAAUCAAUUUCAAUCUUACUCCCCUCAUGGAGUGCCUCUUGACGCCUGCACGUUACCCACGUUGUGGUGUGAUCGAGAGGAAGAUGGAAGCUACCCCUUCUAUUCAAUGUAACUUUUUGCAACUCAUCAAUGUCUUUUCGCGGUAGAACUAGAACAUGAAAGCAGAGUCGUGCAAAGUCACGAUUUGAAGAUAUGUGUGCCCAGAGUUUUUUUUGCGAGUUUUGAAGCGAAUCCGUUACUGUUAUCCACAGCGAACAUACAGAGCACUCACUUCUCAUGACCAUUAAGAUUUCUCACAACCUGAGACAUGGCGUCACGAAGACAUUCCCGCACAUAAUACAUAGGUCACCAAAUAAAGCAUCACACCACAUGACUUGCAGGCAAAACACGAGAAGAUAAGCGAUAUCACGAGCAGCUCGCUCAGCUUCCACGAGGAGCACCAAUUGCUCUGGCGCGGUAUCAGUGUUGAUCAUGCCAGUUUACAGAUCAUCAUCAUUUUGGAGGUGCUGUCCCGGAGAAACACACUCACACAAAAGCACUGCAAUUAUAUAUGAAAUUCUGGCCCUUCAUCGUGGUCCUCUUUCGG